GACGCAGGACAGGAAGCAGGUCGGUGAGCGGGAGUCAAACACACGCUGUUCACGGCGCAAAGGCGUGAUGUUUUCGUGUCACUUCCUGCUGCUCACCUGGGUGCUGCUCACUGCCAGAGUCCAGAGCCACAGCUGGAGACCCUGUACAGACCUGCUGCCUCUCGACCUGUUGUCCAAAGCCCUGCCCCCCCCAGGACAUGCCACGCCCACUCAGGUGCAGAUGGUUCAGUCCAAAGGUUCCAGAGGUCUCCGAUUGGCCAGUGCCGUGGCAGCACCUCUGAAUUUCCCCGCCUCCCAGAUCUUCACCAACUGUUACUACUUUCCCUCUGAGUUCUCAUUGGUUGCCACGGUGAAGAUUCAGACACUGAGACAGAAGACGAAUGAGUACAUCUUCUCUGUGGUGAGGGAGGGAUCUGAUUCGCUGUUGUUGGGGUUACGAGUGUCUGAGAACCGCCUCCACUUCUUGACCACAUCCACUGGCCCUGGUGGGCGGAGUCGAAUGACUUUUAAGGACGUUGGAUUGGACAAUAACCGCUGGCACACAGUGGUGCUGGCUGUCACUGGGCCAUACGCCACGCUGACUGUUGACUGUGGACUUCCUCUGGAGCUUAAACAGGUCCAGUCCUUCCCCAGCCAUCUGAGCACCAGAGGGUCCCGGUUCUUCGUCGGCAGCAGGGGGCGGUGGAGGGGGCGCUUCUCCGGUUUACUGCGGCAGCUGGUGCUGCUUCCCGGUUCGGACGCCACACCCAGACUGUGUCCCUCCCCCGACCCCACUCUGACUGAGCUGUCCAUCCCUCAGGUCCUGAAGACCACCCCCUUCCAGCCGGACCAGCAGGGGCCAGUUUACACCUAUGAGGCCGAGGCCAGAGUGACUCUGGGAGAUCGUCCUCCCUGCUCGAGGCUGGAGCAGGGCCAGCUGUGGUUCAACGCUCAGGGGAAGGGUCUGUUCAUCUGUGACGGGCUGACCUGGAGGACGCUGCUGCAGAGUAAGCAGCGUCUGGAUUACGUGGAGGACUACCAGGACCUGUACACCCGCUCAGAGACUCUGGACGUCGAGGUCUUCUCCAUCCCGUCUGAGGGCCUGUUCAUGGCUGCAGCCAACAAGGACUCUCGGACCGGCUCAGGUAUCUACAGGUGGACCAACGCCUCCUUCCAGCUCUACCAGAACAUCAGCACUCAGGAGGCUCGAUCCUGGAAACACUUCACCAUCGACGACAAGAUUUUUCUCGUGGUGGCGGCAAACUUCAGAGAGGCGGGGUCUGAGCGGUCUGUCAUCUAUCAGUGGCAUCGGCGGCGGCGGCGUUUCGUCCGUUAUCAGACUCUGGAGACUCACACUGCCCAGGACUGGGAGGCCUUUCGCAUUCACAACCACAGCUUCCUGGUCGUGGCCAAUCACAGACGAGAAAGAGACUCCAACCACAACAUCCACAGUGUGAUCUACAGGUGGAACCCCGACACAAAGCUAUUUGAGGUGAACCAGACUCUGCUGACGUCCGGAGCCUACGACUGGGAGUUCUUUACUGUGGGGCCGUACCACUUUUUGGUGGUGGCCAACACCUUUGACGGUCGGACCACCAUCAUCAGCUCCACUAUCUACGUCUGGCUGGACGGCUCUUUCCAGACCUUCCAGAGCGUCCCGACAGUUGGAGCGACAGACUGGGAGCCGUUUCAGAUCGACGGCAGGUUUUUCCUCGCCGUCGCCAACAGUCAGAAGAUCCCUGAUCGUGGCACGAGUGUCUACAGCAUCAACUCCACCGUGUACGAACUGAACACGCUCACACAGACCUUCAUCCGCUUCCAGGACAUCCUCACACACAGUGCGCUGGACUGGGAGUUUUUCACCAUCGGUGAUGAAAAGUUCCUGGUGGUGGCGAACUCUCACGACGGCAGCUCGUACUCUUUGAACAGCGUUGUCUACAGGUGGCAGGGUUACGAGGGCUUCGUUCCUGUCCACAGCCUGCCCACGUUCGGCUGCAGAGACUGGGAGGACUUCAGCACGGACGAAGGCUCCUUCCUCAUCUACUCCAGCGCCAAGUCCAGGCUCAGCAAGGUGUUCAAACUGAGGAACUACUGAGUGAAACCAUCCUGGAGAGACACACGACCGCCCCCAGACUCCUCUGAGGUCAUGUGAUCAUUCAGUGGACUGAACUUCCUGUGAGCUAAAUCCUGAGUUCAUCCCGAGGAGAACAUUAUUUAAAUCCAGCGAUGAAAACCCCCAAAGAUUAAAGAUUCAUUUAUGCUGUUUGGAUAUCAAGUCACAUUAAGCUCUGCUGACGAGGACAGUGCCUCUCUCAUCCUGCAUGAUCCAUAAACCUCAGAAAUGAAUCAUCAGAUGACUCAAUAAUGAAAGUUGUCCCAUUUUAAGUCAGCUGAUUACACUCAGAGGACCUCCUGUUUCACUGAAUCACGGACGUGAACAUAUCACUGAGACAAUGAAACUUAAAAACAGAGGUCUCAACCUUCUUCAGAUUUUCCACCAAGUGCUCAAUAAGCACUCUAAACAAAAGAGCAUCAUUCACCCGGAUACACAAAUAUUUCCUUAAAUCUCCUCCAAAAGGAAAACACCAACGCUGAGAGAUCUGGAAGCGCUUACUGAAAAACCUUCAGUGACUCCUGCAGCUGAAGCACAAAGGCGCCCUUUAACUGGAAACAUGUUCUCACAAUCUUAUUUGUACAAAGAUAGAAAAAUGAAAUGAUGCCUGAGAUGGAACCCUGCGGGACUCCCUCAGAGACUCUGAGGAAACCCGUCUCAUGUCACUGGGUUCAGUCGAUCAUCAGACAGAGCGCCACGCCGCUGCUUCCUGUCUGGCCCGUCUGUGUCUCUGGUCUCUCGGUGGACAGACAUCAGAGACAGUUAUCUCAGGAGGUGGAGGUCCAGAUGUUCGUCCCAUCGGCUCCUCACAUGUUCAGCACUAAUUGUUUUUCUCUGCUUUGUUCAGCAGUUUGUUUUUUACACUUUUGGUUCAUUGGUUCGGAGUUUUUAUGUUUCAUUAAAUAUGUUUUCUGACACUUUGGGGAUUUUUUUACUCUAUUUAUUACAUUUGUUCAUAUUUGUGGAUAUUUUUUUUCUGACAGUUUUUUCACUGAAAAUAUUUUGCAUGUUUGUUUUUUCUGUGUUUUCUUGAGAUUUUAUUUCCAGUUAUUUAUGUUUCAGCUAAUUUGCUGAUUGAUAUAUAAAUUAAACAUUGAAUAAAUUCUUUUUAAAACGUGCAUAUUUUCAUUUAUAUAAACGUGAGAAGCUCAACGCAGAGACAGAUAUUUCCUCUUUAUAUGCUGAUCUGAAAUGCCGGCUAAAAGGGUCAUUCUGCUUCAUUUCAGCCAGCUGCAUUUUCCCUUACCUGGACCUGCUUCGUUUUUCUUCCAUAUUUCCAGUCAUGUGUUUCCUGUUCCUGUGGUAGAUGUUCUGAUUAAACAUGACCCAAGUUUGUAAUAAUGACCUCGUUGUAUGUACAAUAAUCCCUGUGAGCCCAGAGCUCGGGCUGCUGGAAACACUGGAUGGAUCUGGAUGAUAUAAUAGACAGGAGGAAGACCCGCCCACCUGCUGUUCAAACCUUCUGUUUGUGUGACACAGCCAAUCAGAGCAAAGUUGGAAACUAUAGGAGAAGCUAAAUCAGCCUGUUUAAGACAGACGAUGAAGUGAGGGGUUGACCCUGCACUGAGGCCAGAAUCAGAAAAAGAAGGAUUAUUGUGAGAAUCAAAAACAAGGACCAAUCGUCACUUCUACUGCAAUAGAGUACAAGUGAAGUACUUUA